GACCUUCAGCCUUGAUUCUGCUGCAGACGUGAAAUGUCGUUCGGCCGACCAGGAUCAACCCUUGCUGCUCUCACUGUCUCUCCACCGGAGCGUGGUUCGUUUCCUCUCGAUCACGAUGGAGAAUGCAAGGUGUUCAUGAAAGAGUACCUCAAGUGCCUCAAGACGCACAAGAAUGAGAACUCAAAGUGCCGACAUCUCUCAAAGAGCUAUCUCAACUGUCGCAUGGAGCAUGGUCUCAUGGAACGAGACGAAUGGGAGAAUUUCGGUCUGCAAGAUGUCGAUGCUGCGCCAAAGACGAUGGCAGGCCAAUCGGCUCCGACGACAGACGCCUCGACACCCGGCAAGACAUGAGCUGGCAGGACAGUGCGUGCAGUACAACAAGAGAACCAUCACGCUGUCUUGCGCCAAUCGACAUAGCGUGAGUACAGCUCGUCCGUAAAGCUCGGCUCGGU